AUGUUCACAGCCAAUGCUAAUCACGAUGUCCAAAGUUUGGGAGCAAAACCUGAUGGAAAAACUGAUUGCACCAAUGCAUUCUUGAGUGCAUGGGCCUCAGCGUGUGCUUCUAUAGAACCAUCCACCAUUUACGUGCCACCAAGAAGAUACUUGUUCGGUGCCACGAGUUUUGCAGGCCAGUUAUGCAAAAACCCGGCCAUAACGCUACGCAUUGGCACUCUUGUAGCUCAAUCUGAUUAUAAUAUUAUUAGAAAUUCUGUUAACUGGAUCAAGCUCGAAAGAGUGACCAGAGUUUCUGUCCUUGGUGGAAUCCUAGAUGGCCAAGGGACUAAUUUGUGGGUUUGCAAGAAUUCCAGCAAGAAUUGCCCAAAUGGAGCAACAUUAUGUUAA